AUGGCUAUUCGCUACAAGGCUGCCACUGCGCUAUUCUCGCCACACAAGCUCGAACCGCUCGAGCCCGAGCUUGCGGGCAGCCUCAAGAAGCAGCAAGAUGACGAGACUCGCGAACUCGCUGGAGAUGAAGCUCAGACGGAGCAAAGCAAGAGAAGAGAGCCAGAGGAAGUGGUCCUGCGAUGGAGUCAGAGAUUCGAUACGUUUGAAGAGCUGGCUGGAGGCCAUGACCGACCAUUACGCCUUCGAAAGUACAUCCCAAGCGACAGAGGACUGUGCCAACCUGAUGAGCUCGGUCAUACAGAGUGGGGUUCGACUGGAUACGACUGA